ACGCCUGUGGGGCUCCAGCACGGCAGGCAGCCAAGGAUUUUGGCCCGGCCUUCCCUGCAGGCACUUCUGCACCCAAAGGCUGAGGACAACUUUCCAUCACACGCUGCCAUCUACGCAGCUGCGGAGCAGAGUUAUGCAAGUUGCAGAGCUGCCAGGUGGGCAGCUGGCUGGCGCUCAGCAUCCCAGCACCAUCUCAGCACCAUUCCAGCACAUCCCACAACAUGACAGAACAUCCCAGCACCAUCUCAGCACCAUUCCAGCACAUCCCACAACAUGACAGAACAUCCCAGCACCAUCUCAGCACCAUUCCAGCACAUCCCACAACAUGACAGAACAUCCCAGCACCAUCUCAGCACCAUUCCAGCACAUCCCACACCAUCACAGAACAUCCCAGCACCAUCUCAGCACCAUUCCAGCACAUCCCACACCAUCACAGAACAUCCCAGCACCAUCUCAGCACCAUUCCAGCACAUCCCACACCAUCACAGAACAUCCCAGCACAACCCAGCACAUCCCAGCCCCAUACCAGCACCAUCCAAGGACACCCCAGCUUCAUUCCACAACAUCCCACCAUACCCCAGAACCAUCCCACACAUUCCCAGAACCAUCCCAGCACAUGUCAGCACCAUCACAGCACAUCCCAGUACCAUCCCACAACAUCCCAGCAACAUUCAAGCACAUCCCAGCAUAGCCCAGGUCCAUCCUAGGUCCAUCCCAGAACAUCCCAGCACAUUCCAGCCCGAUCCAAGCACAUCCCAGCCCCAUACCAGCACAAUCCCACACCAUCCCAGUUCAUCCCAGCACAUCCCAGACCAUUACAGAACAUACCAUCACAUCCCAGCACAUCCCACACCAUUACAGAACAUACCAUCACAUGCCAGCACAUCCCAGCACCACUCCACAACAUCCCAGCAAGUCCAAGCACAGUCCCAGCACAUCACAGCAAAUCCCAGCAUCAUCCCACACAAUCCCUGCACAACCCAGCACCACCCCAGCUGCAUCCCACGCCAUCCCAGCACAACCCAGACAUCCCAUACUAUUCCUCACGAUCCCAGCACCGCCCAGCCCCAUCACACACCAUCCCACACCAUCACAGAACAUCCCAGCACCAUCCCACAAUUCCCCAGCAUGCCCAAGGACGAUCCCAGCACAUCCCAGCACAUUUCAACCCAGCCGCUGCAUCCCACAACAUCCUACCACAUCCCAGCUCCAUCCCAGCACCAUCACAGGACAUCCCAGCACCAGCCCACCGCUUCACAGCAAAUCCCAGAACCAUCCCACACCUUCCCAGCACCAUCCCAGAACACCCCAGAACACCCCAGCACAUCCCAGCCUCAUUGCAGUACCAUCCCAGCCCCAUCCCAUCACCUUCCCACACCAUCCCAGCACAACCCAGAACCUUCCAACACCUUCCCAGCUCAUUCCAGCACAUCCCACCACAUCCCAGCAUCAUCCCACGUCAUCCCUGCACAACCCAGGAUCAUCCCAGUACAUUCCAGCAUCACUGAAGCACAUCCCAGCACAGCCCAGGUCCAUCCCAGUACCAUCCCAGUGCAUCCCAGCAACAUCCCAGCCCCAUCCUAGCUCAUCCCAGCCACAUCACAUCACAUCCCAGCCCCAUCCCACACCAUCUCACGCCAUCACAGAACAUCCCAGACCAUCCCAGCACAACCCAGCACGUCCCACACAAAUCCAUACCAUCCCAGCACGUCCCAGCACAUUCCAGCCCCAUCCCAGCACAUCCAAACCCCAUCCCAGACCAUCCCAGUACGCCCCAGCACAUCCCACUACCAUCCCAUCACAAUCCCAUACUAUCCCAGUACGCCCCAGC